ACACACAGUUUCAAGUCGUCGGUCCAAGUGGUGCGCAAAGUCAAAGUUUUGUUCAAGUGCUGCGAGCGCCUCCCCCCCUACUCUCUCAGAUUCGGUUACGUAUCGGCGAGCAACGCAACGGUUAAAAGCGUUAUUACCAAAUACACAACAGCAAUAAACUCAAACCGCACAAUGAAGAAAUUUUUAGUUGUGUUUGUGGCAUUAUUCGGAGCCGCUGUGGCCCAGUCGAGCUUCAAGUGCCCCGAUGAUUUCGGCUUCUAUCCACACGAUACAUCCUGCGACAAGUACUGGAAGUGCGACAAUGGCGUCUCCGAGCUGAAGACCUGCGGCAAUGGUCUGGCCUUCGAUGCCUCAGACUCCAAGUUCCUCACCGAGAACUGCGACUAUCUGCACAAUGUGGAUUGCGGUGAACGCACAGAGCUGGAGCCUCCAAUCACCACGCCCCACUGCUCGCGUCUGUACGGCAUCUUCCCCGAUGAGAACAAGUGCGACGUGUUCUGGAACUGCUGGAACGGCGAGCCAUCCAGGUACCAGUGCUCACCUGGCCUGGCCUACGAUCGUGAUGCACGCGUCUGCAUGUGGGCCGAUCAGGUGCCCGAGUGCAAGAACGAAGAGGUUGCCAAUGGCUUCGCCUGUCCAGCUGCUGGUGAGCUGGCCAACGCUGGCUCCUUCUCCCGUCACGCACAUCCCGAGGACUGCCGCAAGUACUACAUUUGCCUGGAGGGCGUGGCACGCGAGUAUGGCUGCCCCAUUGGCACAGUGUUCAAGAUUGGCGACAGCGAUGGCACUGGCAACUGUGAGGAUCCCGAGGAUGUUCCCGGCUGCGAGGAUUACUAUGGCGAUGUAGACCUCAAAGCUUUAAAAAAAUUGGGCUUUUAAAUAAAACAAAACAAAAAAUAUAUAAAGCACACAAAAGCCAACGCAAAUAUCCUGAAAUCGUGGCGUAAUGAGCAAGAUGCCAGCAGCAGCCAGGAACCAGGAGCGAGAAGAACCAGAAGAAGCCGCCAUAAUAGCGGGUUGAAAAGGCUUGCCACACAGCGUUAAGUAUGCAUAAAGAAUAUUAAGAAAUACACACACACACACACACACACAUACACGUAUUGUUAAACAGUUGACUUUAAAGACUGAACAAAAGUAGACACAGCGAAGCCUUAAAAACAA